AUGUGCCUUUGCCCGCGCGGCGGCGGCCCCCCUCCCCGGCUUGGCUACGGCGCGCAGCGGGAUCCGGGCUCGGAGCGACGGGGGAUUGGGGCGGGAGCUGAGCGGAGGGACUCAGUCGAGCGGGAUCCAGUCUCGAGCCGAUUAGGACUCUUCUCCAUCUUCGCCUUCGCCACCUGCGGCAGCUACUCGGGCUCCUUCCACCUCAGCGUCGAAUGCGCCAGCCGCAACGAGAGCAACCUCAACAUCGCCGUGGACUUCGGCUACCCCUUCAGGCUGCACCAGGUGUACUUCGUGGCCCCCACGUGCCAGGGCGCGGGCCAGGAGAAGGUGUUCCUGGUGGGCGACUACUCGUCGGCCGCCGAGUUCUUCGUCACCGUGGCCGUCUUCGCCUUCCUCUACGCCCUGGGCGCCCUCGGCGUCUACCUCUUCCUCGACAGCAAGUACCGGGAGAACAACAAGGGGCCCGUCAUCGACCUGGCGGCCACGGGGGUGCUGGCCUUCCUGUGGCUGGUGAGCUCCUGCGCCUGGGCCAAGGCGCUGGCCGACGUCAAGGAGGUGACGGCCCCCGCCGCCGUGCUGGCCCAGCUGCCGGGCUGCCAGCGCCCGGGGACCCGCUGCCGCGGCCUGCGCCCCCCCCUCACCUCCGGCCUCAGCACCUCCGUGGUCUUCGGCUUCCUCAACCUGGUGCUGUGGACGGGCAACAUCUGGUUCGUGUUCAAGGAGACGGGCUGGGGGGGUCCCUGGGGCCGCGGCCCCCCCGGGGGGGCCCCCGAGAAGCAGGCGGCCCCCGAGGGCUACGGCCCCGGCGGGGGGGGCUACGGGCAGCCCGAGGCCGGCUACCAGCCCGACUACGGCCAGGGCGGCUACGGCCCCCCCGAGGGGGGGUACGGCCCCGGCGCCCCCACCUCCUUCGCCAACCAGAUGUAGGGUCCUCCCCCACAGCAGGGGGCGCCGAGCCCAGGAGCCGCCCCGGGGGGCGGGAGGCGGGGCCUAGGGGGGCAGGGAGGCCCCGCCCCCUCUGCGUGCAGCUAUGGUGUCUGUGGGGCCUGCCCCAUAGCCUGCCCCGCGGCCCCGCGGCCUGCCUCAUCGCCCUGCCCCAUAGCCCCGGGGCCUGCCCCGUAGCCCCUCGCCCUGCCUCGUUGCCCUGCCCCACGGGCCUGUGGCCUGCCUCAUGACCCUGCCCCAUAGCCGGCCCCACGGCCUGCCCCGUUGCCCGGCCCCACGGCCUGCCCCAUAGCCCUACGGGCAGCCUCAUUGCCCUUCCCCAUAGCCUCCCCCCAUAGCCCUGCGCCCUGUGCCAUAGCCUCGUGGCUUGCCCCAUAGCCCUGCCCCACAGCCUCAUGGCCUGCCGCGUAGCCAUGCCCCACAGCCCUGCCCCCUAGCCGUGCCCCGUGGCCUGCCCCACAGCCCGCCCCACGGCUGUGCCGCCCCGGCCCCGUGUCCUGCCCCCCAGCACCCCCCCGCCCCGGUGUCUGUCUUGUGCCGUGAUCGUGACGUGUGGGGCCCGGCGCCCCCCGGCCCGCUGUGGGGCAGGGCGGGGGCCCGGGGGGUGGGGGGCUGGGGUGGGGGGCGACCCGCCGGCCCCACGGAGGGAAUAAACGAGGAGAAAUGAG